AGAUUCAGGCCAGAGCCAAAAGAGGCUGUGAACAGUGGAGCGAGUGAGGGAGCUGCAUCAGAGCAUCAGCACCACCGGCAUCUGCAUGGAAGGAGACAGGCAGCCGCUGUCUAUGGGCGCGUGAGCUGAGCUGGUGCGCACGCAAUUGGGCGUCGGUGUCCGUCCACCUCCAAUGCCAGCCCCGCACCCCCUGUCCCGUCUUCCUCCUCCCGCCGCAACCGCAACCGACGAAUCCUCUCCCAUCCCACAUGGCCUCCCCCAAUCUCUUUCCCUCUCACAUGCACCUACCAUAACUAAUUAGCACCACUAAUUAACCUCCCUCUCGGCCCUCGCCAUCUCACUAAUCAUAGAUUAAGUGAGUGAAAGUGAAGCCUCAACGCACCACGAGACGAGCCUCCCGGUAAUAAGUCCACUGCACCGACGGUUUCAUCCAAUCCAACUACCGCGCACCCAGCCUCCUUUUCUUUAGUGAGCUGCCGUGCUACUUCACCACCCACACCUCCUCCCUCCUCCACUCUGCCCCGCUCCGCUCGCCCAAGCAAGCAGAUCCAAGCAGAGUGAGCAGGUCGCCGGAGCCAAGAAAAGGCGGCCAGGAUGCACGCCAAGACGGACUCGGAGGUGACCAGCCUGGCGCCCUCCUCGCCGGCGCGCUCCCCGCCGCGGGCGGCCGCCAACAACAACGCCGGCUCCGGCGGGGGCGUCAUGCGCGGCGCGGUGUACUACGUGCAGAGCCCGUCGCGGGACUCGCACGACGGGGAGACCACCACCAAGGGGGCCACCUCGGUGCACUCCACCCCCGCGCUCAGCCCCAUGGCGUCCCCCCGCCACUCCCACUCCUCCGUCGGCCGCGACUCCUCCUCCAGCCGCUUCUCCCGCGGCCACCACCACAAGGACAAGUCCGCCGGCCGCAAGGGCGCGCCGGCCGGGAAGGGGUGGCAGGAGAUCGGGGUCAUCGAGGAGGAGGGGUUGCUCGACGAGGAGGACCAGCGCCGCCCCAUGCCCAAGCGCUGCAAGUACUGCCUCAUCUUCGUCGGCGGCUUCGCCGUCCUCUUCACCUUCUUCGCCCUCGUGCUCUGGGGCGCCAGCCGCUCCCAGAAGCCGCAGAUCGCCAUGAAGAGCAUCACGUUCGAGAACUUCAUCAUCCAGGCGGGCACGGACGCGUCGCUGGUGCCGACGGACAUGGCCACCACCAACGCCACCGUCAAGUUCACCUACAAGAACACCGGCACCUUCUUCGGCAUCCACGUCACCGCCGACCCAUUCACGCUCUCCUACUCCCAGCUCAACCUCGCCGCCGGAGACCUGAAGAAGUUCUACCAGGGGCGGAGCGGGCGGCGGACGGCGAGCGUGAACGUGAAGGGGAACAAGGUGCCGCUGUACGGCAGCGGGCCGACGCUGAUGGCGCAGCCGGCGGGGGGCAAGGGCGGCGCCGGCAAGGUGAUCCCGGUGCCGAUGGUGCUGCGGACGACGGUGCGGUCGCAGGCCUACGUGCUGGGCGCGUUGGUGAAGCCCAGGUUCACCAAGGAGGUGGAGUGCAAGGUGGUGAUGAACCCCGCCAAGCUCAACAAGCCCGUCUCACUCGAGAAGGCAUGCAAAUACUCAUGAUCCAGACGUUCGUUCGUUGGUUGAUGAUUGAUCGGUUGAUUGAGUAAUCGAAUCAGUUGGUUGAUCAGUUGAGUAAAUUAUUUUCUUCUUCUUCUUUUGCUCCUGUGCAUUUUUCUCACGUAUGGCUUCUUUUUGUGUACCUAUAUAUGUGACCACUAUAAAUUAUUAAGUUUUGUAAUCGCCGUGGUGGCUGUGACAGUGAUGGACCAACGACAGUGGAGUGAUUCUUUUA